AUGGGUGCGAAAGGUGCCUUGCAGCGCUUGUCGCCCCCGGAGCCCGCCUUCGCGGUGAUCUUCAGCAUCGGGGAUGCAAUAAUUCAAGAAACUGGCGAUGACGUGUUAGGGAAAUGGCACCACGCGCUGUUGACGGCGUCGUUCAGGCUCGAGCUGGCGACAUCAGGGGGCGAUCGGCAUUGGAGGGCCCAAAACCUCCGACAGGAAGCCAUCGAGAUGGGCAUCGUGCCCCAAUUGUCCGUCCGCCAGUGGAUCUACGACGUCGUCGGCUUCAAGGCUUCCAAAGAGAAGGACCUGGGCAGAGAGUUGGGCAGCGCUCAGGUCGCGAAGUACUACCAUGAGAAGAUGAAGUACGCCAGGGGGACGGAGGGAGUCAGCGCGUCUUUCGUCGACAGCGCCCUCACCGUGCACAGGAGGGCCCUCAGCAACGAGACGGCGCGCCAGUGGCUCGAGUGGUGCGACGAGCACCUGAUGGAGAAGAGCCCGUGGAGCAAAUCGAUUUAUGAGUUGCAGGCCUUGGUCGACCGUGCGCAGACGACAUCUCGCAUUACCUGGGCCAUUUGCGGCCUCACGGAUCUCUACCGCAUGGGCUCUAUCACCACGGGGGAGUUCACGAUCAGCAGGAUGAAGGACUACAGGCAGAGCUACAUCGAGGUCCUCAACCUGAAGCGCGCCAUGCGCGAUGAGUUGCUCCAGACGCGGUUGCCAGGGAUCGGUCUGCCAAUGGGGCACGUUAAAAAGAUGCAGGAGGCGUUCGCCGAUUUUCCGAACGUGCGCGCGUCUGUGACAGGCUACCCCGACGAGCCCACGGUGGACUUUACGUGGAUGGUCGGAUGGCCCCCAUCCUCGGUGGUGGCAUGCACCUUUCCGGAAGAGUGUAUCUACACUUGCUCCUAUGACGGCCGCUACAGGGACGCUGUAAAGUCGAAGGCGAAGGUUGCUGACAUCUUGGAGUACGAGACCCCGACAACUGGUACGACAACCGAGACUCCAGAGUCGGAGGGCUUUCACAGCAUGGAGCAGAAGGACCAGGAGUAUUGGGAGAAGAUCAUCAAGAAGCAUGUCCACACGCACGUGGACAUCAUCGUCGAGAAGCAAACGGCCGCUGAGCUGGAAAACGCAAUUCGCGGUUCCACUCUGGCGGGCAUCAGGGGCGAUCCGAUUGGUCUCGUGCUGUUUCAUUUCGACGUCAAGCAGAGCGGCGAGCCCUUAAUUCGCCCGGAGCUGCGGGUCGCCCCCCUGCGCGACGCGAACUACCACAGGCUGGCCAGGACCGUGCUGAACGCGCGUGCCCCGGCUGGCGGCACCCCUUGUCUACGAUCUGGUGAAGUGGCUAUCCUGCUAGACGGCGGCAGGAGUGGCAACUCCAAUAAACUGAUUGCCCCGUGGCGCGAGGGGACUUCGAAGGACAUGAAGAAGCAGGACGAUGAUGAUGAGGAUGAAGAGGAUAAGGAGGACGACCCCGACGACGAGGACGGAACUGAGGUCCUGACCUUCACCCCCUCUGUCAUCAACAUCGUCUACUCCGAGGCCAGCAUCGCCAACCGCCGCAAGAAGUUGCGCAGCUGCACAGGUGGCCUUCACCAGUCCGACUGUGCUCACAUGCUCUCACAUACGAAAGUCCCCUUGCCAGAGAGGUCACGGAAACACUAUCCUGGAAGCACGUCGGGCGACACAAUCAUGGGUGUCGAGGCGACCGAGGCCGCAAAGGAGUGGACCAUGAGUUGGUCGGACAAAAAGGCGCUCUACGGCAAGAAGAACCUCAUCGCCGUCGGCGGCAAGACGAAAGGCGCGAGCCCGGACGACGUGGUCGAGCGCAAGACGGACUCCACGCAAGUGCCAGUCACGCACCACGGAAUGCCCCCCGCGUGGUACGACGAGCUCAUCCACAUGUUUUUCUUGAAGGCCAUCGUGGACUUGACGCCGCUGGACGCCAAAUUCGCUUGA